CCAUAAAUAUCAAUUUUAGCUUAAAAAAACUCAGAUUAUUUCAGUUGAGCUUUGGGGAAGAAGAAUCUUGAAAAGAAAAAAAUCCUCCAUAGUUGAUUCCUUAAAGUUUUGUUCAUGUACUAGGUUUAUGAGUUUUCUUCCCUGUGCAAACCCUUCUCUCCAUUUUCAAAUCAAGUUCUGCUGUUACCCUUUUGACCCUGCAACUCCAAAACUACUAUCACCUUUUUUCUAGUAUCAAGGAAUGAAAAUGGACCUGAAUAGAUCAAAAGGGACUCCCAGGAUUCUUAUAGCUGACUUCUAAUUAGAAUCUUACGAAACUGCAAUGGUCAGUUCUGAAGUUCUCACAGACGGAUGUCUGAUUGUACUUGACAGAAAUAUAAAGUGCUAUUUUGUCUCAGUGUUGAUGGGGGCCAAACGCACCAGAUUACAGGGUGAAUGUGACGACUGGAAAAAGUUUUCAGUUCCACCCGGUUUUGAAUCACUAACGUCCUUCACACUACAGAAGGUAGAAAAUAAUGAGGAAGCCUGUAACUCUGUGGCUGUUGGGAAUGAGUCUGAGCAAGGUCCUAUCCAGGUUGCUUCUACAUCAACAAUUAUUAGCACAGGAAAGCUUAAGAGUUCUGUUAGGCGUAGACCUUGGAUACUUGAUGAUCAUGUUGAUCACAUGGAAGAGGAUUUUGAAUGUGAAGCUGAUAAGGGUUCGUCUUCACGUGCUUAUCUUCCCAAAGGAGUGAUCCGUGGAUGUUCCAGUUGUCACAACUGCCAGAAGGUUAUUGCAAGAAGUCGUCCGGAAUCGGCACGGAUCCCUUCACUUGAUGAAGCUCCUGUACUCCAUCCUACUGAAGAGGAGUUUAAAGAUACUCUCAAGUAUGUUGCAAGCAUCCUUCCACAUGUCAAGCAGUAUGGAGUAUGCCGUAUUGUUCCUCCCUCUUCCUGGAAACCACCUUCCCGCAUUGAAGAAGAGGACACGAGGUGUGGAGUUGACACUCAUAUCCAGCGCAUUAGUGACCUCCAGAGUCUGUUUUUAAAGAAAAGACUUGAGGGAGCCCAUAAGAAGAUGAAUAAUAGACGGCAGAAAAUCCCAAGUAUGAAGCCAGAGUUUGGACACAGCGUGGAACUUAAAGAAUUUGGUUGUUGUAAUGAACACUUUGAAUUUGAAAGUGGGCCAAAGUUUAAGCUGAAGUCUUUCAAGAAUUACGCUGAUCAUUUCAAGAGGCAGUACUUUGUCAAGGAAGAUCAGAUCACAGCUUCAAACUUUAAUUCAGAUGCGAUGCAGAUGCUGUCAGAACCAUCUAUUCCUGAUAUUGAAGGGGAAUACUGGAGGAUUAUUGAGAAUCCAACUGAAGAAAUUGAGGUGCUCCAUGGGAAUACUACGGAAACUAGUGCAAGCCAAAGUGGUUUUCCACUUAAAACCAAUCCACGGGAUGUAACUGCAUGUCCACAAUAUGUGGAAUCAGGUUGGAACUUGAACAAUACCCCUAAGCUUCAAGAUUCUCUUCUCCGUUUUGAGAGUUGUAACAGUUCCUCUAUUUUGCUUCCCCGGCUCUCCAUUGGAAUGUGUUUUUCAUCUAAUCACUGGAGAAUUGAAGAGCACCACUUAUAUUUGCUAUCCUACAUACAUUUUGGCGCUCCAAGAAUAUUUUAUGGGGUUCCCGGGAGUCAUCGUUGCAAGUUUGAGGAAGCUGUCAAGAAGCAUCUCCCACAGUUGUCAGCACAUCCUUGUUUGCUUCAAAACCUUGCCACACAAUUCUCUCCUUCUAUAUUGACUUCAGAGGGUAUACCUGUUUAUCGUUGUGUGCAAAAUCCGAAGGAGUUUGUUCUCAUACUCCCUGGAGCAUACCAUGCAGAGUUUGAUAGUGGAUUUAAUUGUUAUGAAGCAGUAAAUUUUGCUCCUUUUGACUGGUUACCACAUGGUCAGAACGCUGUGGAACUGUACCGUGAGCAGGACAGAAAGACAUCAAUCUCCCAUGAUAAACUGUUGCUUGAAGCAGCUGCUGAAGCAAUUAGGGCCUUAGGAGAACUUGCACUACGCAACAAGAAUUCAUUUGAUGAUUCAAAAUGGAGAAGAGUCUGUCCGAACUAUGGUUAUUUAACAAAAGCACUUAAGACACGGGUUGCCUCUGAAGUGAGAACACGGAAAUAUCUGUUUGCUUCUCUUGAAUCGCGAAAGAUGGAGGAUGACUUUUGUGCUACCACCAAACGGGAGUGCGUUACAUGCUUUUGUGAUCUAUACCUUUCUGCUAUUGGCUGCAAAUGUUCACCACAUAAAUAUACUUGUCUUCUUCAUGCCAAACAACUAUGUGAUUGUGCUUGGAGCGAGAGGUAUUUGCUUAUACGGUAUGAAAUAGAUGAGUUGAACAUCAUGGUUGAAGAUUUGGAUCGGAAGGUAAGUGCAGUUCACAACAGGGUAAAAGAAAAACUUGGAUUGCCUGUAUCCGAUGUUUCUAAAGAUGCUAGCAAGGAAGUAGGUAUGGAAACAAUGAAGCAUAAACCUGUGAUUCCUAAUGUGGAACUCUCUGAGAGUAUAUCUCACCGUUCAACCUCCAGACAAGCAUCAGAUAUUCAACAGUACAGGAAAGUAGAUGUGUUCUUUGCACCUUCAGUUGGUCCAAGUUCAACAACAAUGAAUUUGAAUCAUCGAUCACAAUUGAAAGAAAACGUUCAUGAUGAGAAUAAAGUUCUAUUGCCAAAAGUAUCACAGGAUACUGCUGCUGUUGGAGAAAAUAUUGCAACUUCUUCCAGUACAGUUCUCAAGAAACAUCUUGCACAGGGGUCUUCAUCGACAGUUAGAAAUGUGAUUAUUCUCAGUGAUGAUGAAGACUAGCAACCCCAAGUCCACCAUAUCACGAAUGGUAACAAGCAUUUGUAUGUCGGUUCUUUGCUGUAAAUUUGCUGAUUGUAAAACUUGAAUUCUGUAACAUCACUGGGAAAUACUCUUUCAAAUCAAUCUUGGCGCUUUGUUUCGUGUA